CAACCACCCUUGCGGCCUUCCAUAUUCUUUGAACUUGUGAAUGCAGUCCGUUGUACGCAUUGCUCUGCGCAACAAGCUUGCAUGUGCGGCGUCCGCUGAAACAACUACUCGCCGUUGGAUCUCCCUAACUGGCGCCAUUGAAAAGGGUAAACGAGAUGGCCAGUAUAGCAGAGUCAAGCAUGAACGCCGCUAUGAGGAUCAGCGAGCUUCUCCUGGCACUGGAAAUUACAAGAACAUAGAGAGCCACGAUGGCUUGGAGUUCGAUGGAUUUAAGAGCUAUAGACAACGCCUAAAGAAUAAUGGCCGCGGCAGAGACUCAGUCGAUGUCGGCAUACCCACGAGCCUUCCAUACACUACAGCAACCUCGGAAUUCAUCUGGGGCACUCACUCCGUCUUAGCCGCUCUGAAAGCCAAGCGACGCAAGAUAUACAGGCUCUAUCGACUGCUACCCGAUAUUGAAAACCCUGACAACGAACAAGAGGAGGAAGAGGCAUUGAAGUCGUUCAGUAGUCCAACUCAGGAUCGAAUGAGAAGGAAGAAAGAGGCCGGUGUCUCCCAGACUUUGGCGGAAAUCUACACAAUUGCCGAGCAAGAGGGCCUCCGUGUCGAAAGGGUUCGGGGUCGUGACUGGAAGAACAAAUUCAGCAAAGCUACCGGUGGACGACCGCAUAAUGGGAUAUUGAUGGAGACGUCGCCGCUCUCUCCAUUACCCGUCACGGCCUUGCCUCCCGUCAAGCGACCCGACGAUGACAUUUCUGCUACCAUUGGAUGGGCAAAGCAGGAACAAGCCCAUAGCCCUCAAAAGGUCUUCGCCUUCGAGAACUACGUGGCCAGUAACCGUCUACAUCCACAUCGUCCGGCUCACCGUUAUCCAUUCAUGCUGUUACUGGACCGCAUCACCGACACCGGAAAUUUUGGCGCAAUCGUACGUUCAGCCUGGUUUCUCGGUGUAGACGCCAUACUUAUCCCCGAGCACGGCACCGCUUCUGCAGCAGGCAGCACCAAUGCUCUGAAAGCCUCGGCAGGCGCACUGGAACAUAUGCCAAUCCUGCAUGUCAGGUCCGAGGGGGAAUUCAUCAAAUCUUCUCGUGAAAAUGGCUGGAAGUUCUUUGCUGCUGAUGCAUCUGAGGCUGCUGGUGAUUGGAAUAGCCAUAACACUCGAAAGUUCAACAAGGUCGGACCAUUGAAACCCGAAGGUGCCUUGUUGAAGUAUCCUUGUGUCCUCGUCCUCGGCAACGAAGAGACCGGUGUUCGAAGUUUCAUGCAUAACCUCGUCGACGGAGUGGUCGGAAUACCGAACGCAAGACCGGAUGUUGGAGACAUUGACAGCUUGAACGUCAGCGUCGCUGCGGCUUUGUUGAUCCAAAAGUUCUUCAACUCGGCGCGAAUUGAAGACGCAGCAGUAUGAUCGCGGAAUGUAUGCAGUCUCCGCUCCUGCCCUCUGUCCAGUCCUGGCAAAAGGUUCAUAGUCUUAGGAAGCAACUCACUCCUUAGCCAGCCACUCGAGAGAAUAGACCGGGCUGUUCCUCCUGAACGGAACGAUGACAUCUCCCGCCGCAUUCGCUGCAGCACUCUGAACAGCCACCUUCUCCAUAACUUUCUCCUCGCUGGCCGAAAUCCU